ACUUGCUGACACAAUGAUUUAUUGUAGUAAUGCUGAAGAAAGUGUAACCUGUCAGACACAACACACAGUACACAAAUAAUUAGAACAAAAUGUAUGAACUAUUUUUGAACACUGUGCAAUUAAAUAAUAAAUCUUCAAACAUCAGUGGAGCUGUGUAUGAUAAUGAUACGAACAUCAUGAUAUAUAUGGCAUGCAUACAUAACCCUCAUAAAUAACAUUGAUGCAAUUAUUAAUUCAGGUUUUAAUGACUGGUAACUCACAGGGGCAGUGUAAAAUAUAUAUUAAUAAUUCUCUACAUUUAAAGGCACGUGCAUAAUAACAUGCAUAAUUUAAUGUGCAUCAGUAUAGCCAUGCACCCACUUUUCAGUCUAAACAUUACACAAAAAAAGGUUUGAAAUGAUAAAACAUUUAAUAUUACUUUGUCAAACAUUAGUGGAUCAGGUUAAUAGUUAAUAAUGUUCUUGAUGAAUAUUAAGAUGAACUUGAGGAGAACAAACUUAAUGUAUCCACUAAAAAUCACAAAGAAUGCCGUUUUAACUAAAAUAUGUUACAACUCUAGCAUAUUUUUGCAGAUAUCACGUGGUUUUAUGCAUUAUUUGCACCUCAUAAGUGCAGCUUAAGCGUUUUGGAGACUCUUUAAUUUGAUAUAUAUGAACUAAUAAUCAUAAACAACAUAAACAUUUUCUUAAUGCUGUUUAUGAAUAUGUGUGUAUGUUUUGGGAGCAGGGUUCUUUUGCAAGAAAGUCUUUCUUUUAUUAAAUAAUGUAUUAUUUUGAAUCCCAAAUGGGAAAAAGAUUGCGUUUUGUAAGGACGGAGCUGAAGCCACACCCUCACGAGCUGCAACGCGCGCGUCCGAGGUGUCCUUGGAAACUCCAAGCGCCUUACGCGAGUCUCAGCCGGUCAGGGGUUUAGACCUAAUGCACAGCCCCCGUGAAAGAGUGAUGGAGGCUGAGGUUCGAGAUCACCAUGAAUGACAAAUACCACAAGGCAGCUCGGGAUGGCUACCUUGACUUGCUUAAAGAAGCGACGCGGAAGGACCUGAACGCUCCGGAUGAGGAUGGCAUGACACCGACGCUAUGGGCCGCGUACCACGGCAACCUGGACGCGCUGCGGCUGAUCGUCGGGAGAGGGGGGAACCCAGACAAAUGUGACAUAUGGGGGAACACGCCGCUCCACCAGGCUGCCUCCAAUGGCCAUCUCAACUGCCUGUCCUUUCUGGUGUCGUUUGGUGCCAAUGUGUGGUGCCUGGACAACGACUACCACACGCCUCUGGACAUGGCUGCCACCAAGAACCACAUGGAUUGCGUGCGCUAUCUGGACUCCAUCGCUGCCAAGCAGACAGCCCUCAACCCAAAGCUAGUUGGCAAACUGAAAGACCGGGCUUUCCGUGAUGCCGAACGGCGCAUCAAGGAAUGUGUUAAACUGCAGCAGAAGCACCGCCGGCGUAUGGAGCGUAAAUUUCAUAGAGAGACAACAGAAGCAUCAGUCUCUGAUGCCAUGAGCUUCUCCAGCUACGCCAGCAGCACCUUGAGUCGCAAGUUACACCACUUCAACACUGCCACUAAUGUGCCAUACUCCCAGGCUACUCUCCACGCCACAGCCAGGGGCAAAACUAAGAUCCAGAAGAAGCUUGAGAAGAAGAAGCAAGGUGACGGGACAUUCAAGAUUUACGAAGACGGCAGGAAGAGUGUCCGUUCUUUAUCUGGCCUACAACUAGGCAAUGACGUCAUGUUUCUGAAGCAGGGUACGUACGUCAACCCUAAGGACCGUUCUCGUCGCAACAUACGUGACAUGUUCCCCAGUGACAAUGAGGAUGCCGUCUCACGUGCCAUCAGUGAACCCGACCUGCAUGGUCAAGAUGUGGACUACUCGGAGAUCAGCACAGAUUCAGGCCACGACUCUCUCUUCAACCGUCCUGGCCUGGGCACCAUGGUUUUCCGCCGCAACUACGUGAGUGGUGGACUUUUUGGUAUCGGUAGCAGAGAUGAAGGCAGUCUGGCAGGUAGCGAACGGGUCGAUAAUGUGCGGCUGCACAGCCGGAUGCAUCGUGUGCCCAGUCUGGAUGACGACAGCAUUGGAAGCGCCCAUAGCCUACAAGAGAGGAAUGUGCAGGAGCUGCCGUGGGAUGAAGUUGAGCUGGGGCUGGAUGACGAUGAUGAGCCUGACACUAGCCCAUUGGAAGUGUUCCUGGCCACACAAAGCAUGAACGAGUUCGUUCCUAUCUUCAAAAGAGAAAAGAUCGAUCUGGAGGCCCUGUUGCUGUGCUCCGAUGGUGACCUCAAGAGCAUUCACAUCCCCUUGGGGCCCCGCAAGAAGAUCAUAGACACCUGUCAGCGCCGACUGGAGACCAUUGAGGACCCAGGUUGCAUAGAAGAUACUGAGUUGUGAAGUUCUUCCAUUAAUGUCUGUUUUUACCUCCAAGAAUGAUAGAGUUUACAGAACCAUUGUACCAUUUUUUUUUUUUUUUUUGAAGAUGGCAAAAGUUACUUUGUCAACAUUUUGCCAAUGAAACAGAAGCCUAAACUAGCAGUGUCCAAUCCUGCUCCUGAAGGGUCACCUUCCUGCAGAGUCUAGCGCCAAUGUAACCGGUAUGACUCCACCCACCCAGAGUGGGAAUUGAAACGGCAUGGGAGGCGGGUGCGCUAACAAGGAAGCUAAAGACCGCAGUCUCUAGGAUGCCUCUUGAGGCCAGAGGAGUGAGGUUUACAUGCACAGCUCUUACUAGCUUGCUUCUGUUUAAUUAGGGAAAUCUGCCCCCAGGAGCAGGAUUGAACACCCUUGGCCUUGGCCUAAAUCAACUCUAAAUCAGGCAGAAAUCAAAACAACCUGUGGUAUGAAGAAAGAAUCUCUUGUAAUAACUCAAUAAAACUUUUAUAGUAGAGGUUUAUAGUGCACCAAUGUUGAAAUAGACCUCUGUAACUGACACAAACAGAGCAAUAUGCAUAAAAAUGGUAAUUAAAUUCAAAUAUAAUGGUUAUCACAUGUCAUGUGGCAAAUGGAGAGAGCGAAAAUGAGGUCUCUCAUCUCAUUUCACGCACUCUUAGUCAUAUGCUGCGUUCCAGAAAGGGUUGGACCUAGGAAUAUCCCAAAUUAAAUGUCCCACUUCAGACCUUAGUGAUGUUGACCACAUGAUGUCGCCAUGACACAAUGAGAGUAUAUCUUGUUUUUUUUGUGUCAAUUAUGGCAAAAACAGAAUAAAAAUAAAAUAAAAUCGCUUUGAAAACAGCAGACAAAAGCAAAAAGGAAGGUAUCAUUACAUAAACCUAAUGUCUAAUGUUAAAGUUUAUUUUUACGUUAUGCUCAUUGGAAGCAGGACUUGCCGACAUCUUGGAAGUUACGUCAAAUAACGAUUCUCGCAGAGAUCGGGGUUGAUCGAUGUACACUGAGUUCACACACCGAAUAUUCCAGACGUUAUUUCCAAGAAGUUUCCAAGAAAAAUCCAAAUUCCGAUCUGUCUGGAACGCAGCAUUAUAAUAUUUCUGCCCCCAUGGGGCAUAUUUCUCAGUGCCUGCACAUUUCUAUACAAAAUGUCAUUUAAGACAUAACUUGUGUAUAUAAUUUGACAAAUGUUUCAUAAUUCCUUGUUAGACAUGCGAAGAUCAGUAUAUGCUACACAACAUGGUAGUAAUUGUAGCUGUGCUAUUCUUGUUAGUUAUACACAGGGAGAUUUGGAUACAUGAUGUAAGCCAUUGCAGCAUUGUAUAGUCAUUGGACAGCUGAAUUGUGAGCUGUAAAUGGUGAAAUGUACAGUAAAUGGAUUUUUGUUGCUGUUGUGGGGACUGUAUGUAGCAUUUGUCUACACCCGCACAUUAUGUUACACGUAACGUUUACAUGUAUCUGGCCAUAACGUUUUUGAAACACAAGUAAUUGGAUGUGUUGUGUGACGCAUGGUUGAGUUAGCUUACAAGAGAGCCCUUUGUUGAUCCUGGAGCUUUAAUUUGCAGAGAGUAGAACUAAUUUCCACUGAGACAUUUCAUUUAUCACAACAGUUUUUUGUUGAACUGAAUUAUAUUGUCAGUAAACAGUAUGGUUCAUGCACAGGUCUGCAGUACAGCAUGUUCUUUAAAGUCCAUCUUUGAUUGAAUUAUUACAUGUCUUCCUUCAAUAUUUAUUGCUACAAAAAGCAUUUACAGCCAUGUUUUAUAACGCAUACAUCAAAUUUAUUUAUAAUGACAUUUGCUGGUAUGUAACUAUUAAACAAAUUCAUAAUCUUGCAAUUUUUGCAAAAUGUUGUUUUGUUUGUCUGAUUGUUGUUGUUGUUUGGGGGGGGGGGUUAAAGAUAUGAUUAAUGUGUUAAACUUUUAAGUGGAAAAUAGUAAUUUUGGUAAGUAUUAACGAACUGCAUCUUUUGUUUCAUGCUACAGUAUUUCCUU